CCGUAACAGUCUCAAACGCGUUCGACAUCAAAACUGAAAAAACAAACAAAGAAAAUCAUGUUUUGCUGGACAAGCAGCAGCGGAGGCUCGGAGCCACUCGACAGCGUCGCUAACAUGUCCAAGAGCGACAUACUGAGAGGAAUCAUCACUGAGAAACUGAGCACAGCCGCCCGGGAGAUCUUAGCAGUGGUGGAGAGGACGAUAGCCGACUACGAGGAGGAGGUCGCGGGCUUCAGGCAGGAGAUCGACCGGCAGAGGAGACUGCUGGAGCUCUUGCAGCCUCGGGUCAAGCUUGAGAGGACAGAGCUGCACAGCUGUGACGUAUUGAUGGAAGCCAGUCUCGAGGAGAAUGAGCAUCACAUGCAACAGUCAGAUGUGAAGGACACUGUGAUCUCAGGUCUCCCGGUGUACGAUAAUGUGGAAGAGGAGGGGGUGGAGAUGCCAUUUGUGCAACCAGACACAAGCUCCACACAGCAUGAAGAACAACUUAAGGAACCAGAUCAUCAAAUACCUUUUGAAGUGAAGAGGCCCAGCAAAGCUCUGACUGGAGGCACGCAGACCCUUCCAAAUUUCCGGAUCCGCAUCUUGGAGGAUUCCCAGACUGAAAUACUCUCUAACCUUGUGUUUAAGAAAUGUCCGGUGCAGGAUCUGAGGUGUCCUCCUGGUCUACAGGAGGACGACUUCCUGGAGCUGCUGAGGUCCACCUUCCCUCAGCUAGGCUCUGAUGAACCUUUGGACUUUUUUACAUCCAGCACAAACAGGAGGCUCCAGCCUUUGCAAGUAGAGCCAAGGACCCCAGAGGUGAUCUACAAGGCCAUCAAGACUGCAGGAAGCUCAGCCCUCUACAUCAGACCGAAGAAACAAGAUGACAACUCCAGAUCCAACCCUGCAACACCAUCAGCUGAUCGAGCAAAAUAUAUCAAAAGGGUGAAAUACAAUGACGCAAAGACUCCUAUAGAUUUCCGGAUCCGCAUCCUUGAGGACUCUCAGAUUGACACGCUCUCGAACACUGUGUUUAAGAAAUGUCCGGUGCAGAAUCUGACGUGUCCUCGUGGUCUGCAAGAGGACGACUUCCUGGAGUUGCUGAGGUCCACCUUCCCUCAGCUGGGCUCUGAAGAACAUUUGGACUUUCUCAUAUCAAGCUCACACAAAAGGCUCCAGCUGUUGCAAAUAGAGCCGAGAACUCCAGAGGCGAUCUACAACGCCAUCAAUGCUGUUGGAAACUCGGCCCUCUACAUUAGGCCAAAGACAGGGAAGGAGGAGGAGAAGACCCUUCACUCUUUACAGACAAAUGUCGAUCCACCGUCCAGUGAUGCCGAGGCACUAAGAAGUGUUAAAGCUAAACUGCUUUCCAGCCCAACUCAGCAUGACGAUGACACCACAGUCGAUGUUCUGGCCACCAACUCAACAUCAGAAAACCAGGACCUGCGAACUGAAGAAGAUGCUAGUGACAGCGAAGUUAACUCCAGUGAUGGCAUGAAUGAAGAUGAGAUGUUGGAUGGAGACGAUGACUGGAAACCUGAUCCCAAGCUGCAACUGCCAAAAAGAAAAAAAGAAAAACAAACAAAAAAGAAGCAAGUAGCCAAGUGUUGGAUAAAGAGGUUUAAGGGUAAAGUUUCCUGUAAAGUUUGUGGAGUUGGGUACACUCACCUGGCCAGUUUGAUGAGACACAUCUGGAGUCACGUGGAUGAGCCGCAGAGUGUUUGUGGAGUUUGUGGAAAGACUUUGGACUCUGUGGAAAAGUUGAAGGACCAUCUUCAAAAUUACCAAAAAACUUACAAGUGUUCAAUUUGCGGGAAGUCUUUCUACUCCAGAAAGAGCUUGCGGAGCCAUGUGUCUUUUCACACAGCAAACAAGCUGUUCAAAUGUAACGUUUGUAGCAAAACCUUUCCUCGAAUGUCUGCCCUGAGGAUUCACCGUUCGAUUCAUGUGCAGGAGAAACUAUACCAAUGUGAUAUAUGCCCCAAAUCAUUUGUUCUUAAGGGACAGCUCACAGCUCACACCAAAACCCACACCAGGAAAGAGCGAUACCACUGUAAGAUUUGUGGUAAGUCUGUCGCUGAUCGCAGGGCUUUGAGCCGACACAAGCUGACUCACACUGGUGAGCGGCAGUAUUGCUGCCACAUCUGCGGAAAGCAAUUCAGACUUCAAUGGUCUUUGAAGACUCAUGAGAAGAUUCACACAGCCAGGGACCAACCGUACCUCUGCCACAUCUGCUGCAAAACCUUCACGACAAAUCAGACCCUGAAGGCUCACCUGAAGACGCACAGCAACGAGAAGCCUUUUGUCUGCGUCACAUGCAAUAAAGGUUUUGUGAGCAACAGCGAACUAAAGAAACACUUGCGAGUGCACAGCGGUGAGGCUCCAUACGGCUGCACCAUAUGUGGACGUUUUUUUAAACAAAGGGCUGCCCUAAACUCCCACGUCAAGAUCCAUGCGGGCAUCAAACAGUUUGUGUGUGAGAUCUGUGGGAAGGCGUGCUCUCGCAAGGCACACCUGAAGAUUCACAUGAGGAUCCACAAUGGAGAGAGACCGUAUCAGUGCACAUUAUGCGAGAAAGCCUUCACUCAGAGCCACUGUUUAAAAUCGCACAUGAAAACCCACCAGCCCGAAGAACACAAGUCCGCCACUCAGUCCACGCUCUAAGAGACAUUUUAGCGCAGGGUCUUAAAAAUCAGUCAGUUAAACAUUUUAGUUUCCCAAGUUCAUGUGCUACAACCUUUUAUAUUUGUUUGUUUUCUUAAGUCAAAAAAGUAUGGAAGUGUUAACAAAUUUUUCAGACUAUUUUUGGAUAGUUAAAUGUAAAUGUGAUUAUGAUGGCCUCACUAUGGUGAGUUUUCCCUGAAAUAGAAAAGGAAAAAUUCUGUGUAUUAACAAAAAACGAAUGACUUAUUCAGUUAUUGAUUAUUUCUUUUGGAGAUUAUUUCGUUUUUGGGUUUUUUUUUUACCAAAUAUGUAGAUGAACAUUUUAAUUUUCCUUUUUCAACUUGUGUUACUUGACACUGCCGACUAAGGUGGAGUCAAAAAAGUAGUUUAUGUUCUUCUGUUGAGCAAAUCCUCAACUCCAGACUUUCUAUCCAUAAAAAAUUCUAUCCAUCCAUCAAACCAGUUCAGACUUGUGGGUGCUGACUGGGGUCUAUCCUAACUGUCAGAAGAGGAAGAGGAUGGAUGAAUGGAUAAAUAUAAUUGUUAAAGUGCCACCUUGCCUCAAUUGCUGUAGUGUUAGCAAUUACAGUAUGAUUUUUUUCCAGAUGAGUCUUGUUAGAUUCCGAGGUAGGCUUUGGGGUUUCACUUGUUUGGAACAGCAAAAUGUUACAAAUCUUACUGUGUGAACUGUGUGCUUAAUUUAGAUAGUAACAUGCUUCCUUGAAUAAAAAAAUAAACAAAAAGCUUACUGGUACUGAGUUGGACCUCCUUUAGCCUUUAGAACUGCCUUAAUUCGACCAGGCAGAAAUUCAACAAUGUGCUGGAAACAUAGCUCAGAGAUUUUUCUCCAUAUUGACAUUAAA